GUAGUGGUGGGGAAUACUUUCUCAUCAUCUCUUUCUCUAGCUCUCACUCCACUAUAAAUAACGAAUCUUCACUUCCUUUUAAAAUACCCAUUAAACAUCACACAAGCAUCAAUUAAACCAUUAACCAUAUAAUAACAAAUUAAAACGUGUUAUAUGGAAACACAACAAAGAAUGAGGGAGAAGUCGAAGGAGGAGGCAGUGAAGAAAUGGGAGAAGAAGAAGUGUUCUUCACCAAAAGGAGUUGGGAAGGUUCGGAACAAGAAGAAAGGAAAGUUCUACAUUAUUGGAAAAUGUAUUACUAUGCUUCUUUGUUCACACGAGUGAUAUGAUCAUAAUGAUCAUUAAUUAUCACCCACAGACCACAGUACGUAGUACAUAUAUGUCAUAUGUGUAUCAGUGUAUGCAGAUAAUGACAGAGGUAUGAAAAGGAGAGAGAGCUCAUAUAUUUACAUCUUUACCUUUCUCUUCUUUGUAAAAGUUUGCAUAUUACCUCUUUCGGUGUUCUCUCAUUUUAUGGAGUUGCUAAGAGCCAGUUGUUCUAUAGACAAUUUCACAAAAAAUAUAUAUUUUAUUUUUAACAAUUUAAAAGCUCUACGUACAUUACUUAUUAAAUUUUUAUUUUUAACAAUUUAAAAGUCUAUUUACAUUACUUCAUAAAUUUUUAGAGGUAAUACUAAUAUUUUACUUAUCUAUAGCUAGAAACCGGUCAUGCGAGUGUGUCAAUAUUAUUGUUGUUAAUUAUACAUAUAAGAAACAAGAUCCAUCUAGAACCAAAGAAACCUAUAGAGCAGCUACAAAUCAAUUAGAAAUCCAUGUCAAAGUUUCUCAUAUAUCUAUAAAUAUAUUAUAUAUACCUAUCUAAUUAGAGAGUAUUAUCAAAAACAUGAGAAAGUGAGAUUCAACGAUUAAUGAUUAUAUAGAAACGAAAGAUCAGCUACAAAUCUGAAUGAUGUAUCAGAAACAUAAGCAUCAAAUCUUAUCGAUGCAUGAAGAAAAAAGAGAACUAAGAAACUGGAAAAACCGUCUGCAUUAUUCUCUUAAGAUUGACGUUACACUGUGCGCAAGAGCAAUUACAAAAAGAAAGCUGCAGAAAUGUUUUUGACUAAAUCAAAGGUUAAAAAAAAAUGUUUUUGACUUUUUUUUCUUUCAAAUUUUCAACUGCUAAAUUUCUCACAAACCGAAUGUGCAUAAGCUAGUAGUGAUAGCGUCCAUGAAAAUUGUUUCCGAAAGUGGUAUUUGUAACAAACUGAUGACAAAUGGUGUCUAAACUGAUAGAAUUAUCAACUCUCACAUUUAAUUUAAAGGAAUUUUAAUGAUUUUUUUUUAAUGAUUAAUGAGUUCUUCACUUCUUCCCUAAUUUUACAGUUUACCAUUAUUUCAAGUUCUAUUUUUAAUGACGAUAAACUUGCACAUGGUAUUUCACUUUCUACUUUUAAUAUGUUUUAUGUUGAUUUUGUACCACCUGUUUGCCUCUCCAGAUUGGUGUCUAUGUCAAAUCGGCUGAAAAAAUGUAAAAAAUACGAUUUAGCGGUAGUUGCCUUGUUAUUCGGUAAUGGGCUUUGGGCCUUUUCUUAUUGGAUCUUCAUCGCUUAGUUUACUAAGUGGACAAUAGCUAUUCAGCCUAAAUAAUCUUAGAUCACAUUUUCGUCGUCGUCUCUCUCUUCUACUCCGUUGCGCCACCAUAAGUAUUAUAGGGAUGUCCUCUUCAUGUAUUGUCCGCCAGAGUGUUUUUGGGGUUCAUGUGAGUUUGUGAAGUGGUGCUGUGUCAAUUGCACUAUGGCCAACCUUGGUGAUAUGCUCCAUUGCUAUGUACUUUUUUUGUCUACUUUUUCAUGUUUCAGUACAAUACCCAUUGGCUAUGCAUCAGUAACUAAAGUUGAUUUCUUUAUGCAGGAAUCUGGCAUCCUGAGGCAUUGAUGUUUUACAUCUCCGUUUUUCAAAGAGAAUUGUGGAGGUAGGGAUAACUUGUUUUUAACAUGCCUCAGCCACUGUAAGCAUGCUCACUUUUUUUUUUACCUUGAUCUUAAUCUUAUGAAACUCAUCUGCAGCCAGCUCAACAGCUGUUGAUUGUGGACUGGGUAAAGCCGCUGAUAAGCUUCUUAAUGCAUGUUCUCCGCAUCAUGUGUUUAGGCAAAUUAUGAAUAGCUUCUCCAUUGUUGCAGGAUGUCCAUCAUGGAAAUGGAACUCAUGAGAUAUUCGAGCAAAACAAAUCUGUAAGCUUGCCCAACUAGAUGGAUGUCUUCUCAUGGAGCACAUGAAGGUGGAAACUUCUAUCCAGGUACCGGAGCUGCUGAUGAGGUUGGGACAAAUGGUGGUGAGGGAUACUGUGUAAAUGUUCCAUGGAGUUGUGGUGGAGUUGGUGAUAAUGUCUAUAUCUAUGCCUUUCAGCAUGUAGUUAUUCGCAUAGGUACAUUACAUAGUCGUGUUCUGCUUUUCCCUGACGAGUUUGUUUGAAGUUUGAACUCUAGUCUUUUUAGAUAGUUUGGUUUCCACAAACUAGUCUUUGGCGCAGUUAAUGACUAAUAUGCUCAGGAAGUGAACCAAUCUUCUGUAUUUAGUCUGAUUUUGUCAUCGUAUCAGCGGGAUUUGAUGCGGGUAGAGGAGACUCACUAGGAUGCUGUGAUGUAAGUUUUACAUUCUAAGACUGUUAGUGAUAACUUCUGGAGUCAGUAUUGUCUUGUGCACUUCAUCAGUGGAUAUUUUGUUCAGUCUUUGUUUUAAGAAAUCAAUUUUAGUCUUUACUUACAGGUAACUCCAGCUGGUUAUUCUCGAAUGACACAGAUGCUAGGUGAUCUGUGCGGCGGGAAGAUGCUAGUUAUUCUCGAGGGCGGUUACAAUCUUCGAUCAAUAUCUUCUUCUGCUACAUCAGUGAUGAAGGUGCUUAUGGGUGAAUCCAGAGAACGAGUUGCCUAUAGCGACUACGCCUUCAAGAGCUUCUGCAAACUAUUAUUGAUGUAAUGAAUAUCCAAAUUAAGUUAUGGCCAUUACUUGCUACCGCCUAUUCCAAAUUACUUUCAGAGUGGGAAACACGUCUGGUUAAAAACAAAAAAAUCAGGUGAAAAGGAAGCUUCUUCGGGUCCCUACAUUGUGAAAAUGGAAUCGAAAGAAGCUUUUGUACAACGUUCUCUCUGCUCGUAUGAAUUCAAGAUCAAAGAGAUGAUAUAAACACAUCUUCCUAACCCCUCGUGGCAACUGUAUUCUAAUUCAAAAUCUUUUGAUACCACUAGAAUACUACUUUGUCUCAGAACACUGAUCUAGAUAUCUCGAUUCUGUUCAGUAUUUAUUUUGCGUGCUGACAUAAUAGAUUUCUAUACCAACGGUGUUACCUGCGAACUGAAGAGUUUGCUUGAGCCAAGGCAGUAAGUUCAUGGAAGUGAGUAGCAAACAGAGUAGGAGCUUUCUUUACUUGAACCAGAUGCUCACAUAUUGCCCAUUCUAAACCUGAUAUAGUCACCAAGAUAAUGUUAACAACAUUAUAAAGCAUAUUCACUCAAAAUCCAAAUAAAGGAAGAUAAAGUGCAAUUAAACUACCAAAACAAACAUAGGUUGAUGUUCCACCCCCCCCCCCCCCCCCCAGUUCGUCGAUUAUUAUCAGUUUUCUAUCAGUAGCUCCUUUUAAAAUCUUGACCUUUUACGCAUGGAUGUCUGCUUCCUUCUAGUACAAUGUCUCCAACACUCUCUCAGCAUUAUGAUAUAAAACUGCAAAGUAACAAUCAAAGAGUACAAGCUUUCAUGCAACAUCAGAAGGUCUUAAUGAUGAUGUACCUGUGGUCGAUAUUGACAAUAUCAUUCAGCAAGAAGAAAAAGGAAGCUUCCUAUUCAGCAGCUACACAUCAAAAGGAACUCAUGGAGCAAGCAAUCUGGUGUACAACAAGAUAUUGGAAUGGACGAGUUGAUUAAUAAAAAUAAUGCUUCUGGUUUAGGGAAUCAAAUCAACAACGUUAUGGUCAUGACAUUGCUUCUAAAUCUGAAGGAACGGAGACUGGAAAAGUGUUGCCAUGUGCACUAUCUCAUUCAAAAAAAAUGCUUCACCAAAGGUACUCUAUUUCCAAGUAUCUUAUGCAGAGUUCUAAGAUAAUUAUGCGGUAACGUACACAACUCUAUCUCCCUCUCAUCUAUCAGACUCUUUGGAAAAUGUUUCCUUGCUAGUAGAGUUUGAGCCUACUCCCAACCAAGUACGCAUUAUGGAAUUUGUUCCAUCAAGUAUUAUCAAACACUGAGGACAUACAGUCUUCAGCAGUUGAUCUUUUAACCUAUACAUCACAAGCUGGUCUAUUCGAAAGUCAUACUCGUUUCACCGUGCUAAAUGAUGUUGAUGAAACUGGGAAUGAGCCGAUGAGCUCUCUCAGUUUGACAAAGGGUGGAGAGCAGGGGUGAAGGUACAUG